AUGUCCUCUUCCCAAAGUCUCUGCUUUGGCAACAACCGCGGCCCAGACCCCGGCCCAGAACCUGGCCCCGACCCUGGCACUGGCACUAACACUGGCACUAGCACCGGUACUGACUCCACGCCCCAGGGCAGCUACUGGAGGGUACUAUAUGGCCUCUACGAGCCCCGAUACUGGGUGGAACCCGGCAAACUGCUUUGUGACUGCCCAAGCCACGACGUGUCGAGGUGGCCUACCGAGCUUGCCGAGCUGACAAUCGCCUCCUGCGCUUACAGGUGUCCCUACUGUGACGAAUUCAACAAGAACGGAAGGACAAGGCUAAUGGCUUCGAACCUUCGUCGGCACAUCACCAAGACGCAUAUUGGAAACGCUCCUGUCUAUGGUACUCUUGUUGUCGCGCCUGGAUGGAAGAAGUAA